ACAUGAUUAUUGGAUGUUGAAAAUGUUUUACCUUAACAUUUUUCUAUUAAUAAUUUCCCUAACAAUUUCGUUUGCUAUUGCGGGAAAGCCAAAAUUAAUGCCAUUUAAUGGCGAACUUCAGGAAUUGGUUGAAAACAUAACUUAUCCACUGUCAUGCAUAUUGAUCAGUGGUUCGAAACCAAUCUUUUUCGAAUGGUAUCGCAAUGAUCAAAGAAUAUUGGAACAAUCAAAUCAAUUGAAAAUUGAUAAUCAAGAACAAAUAUCAAUACUUUCAUUAUCAAAUGUUCAGACAAUUGAUAGUGGACGAUAUGAGUGUCGUGCUAAAAAUCAAUUUGGUCAGGAUUCAAUUGUUACCAAUAUUUUGGUGAAAGGUUUGUAUUUAUAA